AUGACAACAGUGAGUGUGUCUGCCGCACUAAAGCCUACAAAGUCAACUAAAAGAUAUAAAAGUGUCAGGAGGAAUACCAGCAUCUACCAAGCCCCCCCACAGAGCAUUUCAGAUGAAGAUGAAAAUGCAGAAGGGAAAGAGGAGAGCAAUGACCCAGAAACAAUCUUCCAGAAUAUUCAGAUGCAAAAGGAAAUUGUUGCAAAUAUUCGAUGUAGACCCUGGCCAAUGCGACAAAAGCUACGCUUACUCAAACAGGCUAAAGAGAUUGUGUUGAAAUAUGAAGGACGCCUAACCAGAACACGAGGCUACCAGGCAGCUGGAGCAGAGCUUUGGAAAAAAUUUAGCCGCCUCUCCUACAACUUUGUUGUCCUGUUUAUUCCUUGGGAAAUGAGAAUAAAGAAGAUAGAAAGUCACUUUGGAUCAGGUGUUGCUUCAUACUUUAUAUUUUUACGAUGGUUAUUUGGCAUUAAUAUCGUCCUCACAAUAAUGACUGGAGCUUUUGUGGUAUUGCCAGAGAUCCUCGUUGGAGCUCCAUUUGGAAGCACUGUGAACAAGAAAAUCCCUGACAAGGAGUUUCCAUCAGCACAAGACCUAAACACGAUCUGGUCACUUGGGGGCUAUCUCCAAUACUCUGUACUAUUUUAUGGCUACUAUGGAAGAGAAAGGAAAAUCGGACGUGCCGGAUAUCGUCUACCCCUGGCAUACUUUCUUGUUGGAAUGGCAGUCUUUGCCUACAGUUUCAUCACACUGUUGAGAAAAAUGGCAAGGAACUCUAGGCUGAGCUUGGCAAGUGCAUCGGAUGAGAACUAUACAUUCUGUUGGAGAAUCUUUUGUGCAUGGGAUUUUCUCAUUGGGAAUACAGAAGCUGCUGAGAGUAAAACUGCUGCCAUCGUUAACAGCAUAAGAGAAGCCAUUUUAGAAGAACAGGAGAAAAGAAAAAGCAAGAAUUUGGCAGUUACAAUAUGUCUGAGAAUUCUAGCAAACAUUUUAGUUCUGCUCUCGCUGGCAGGAAGCAUUUAUAUUAUCUAUUUUGUGGUGGACAGAUCACAGAAACUCGAACGCACAAAAAUAGAACUAACCCUAUGGGAAAAAAAUGAGGUAAGCGUAGUGGUAUCGCUAAUAACCAUGAUUGCUCCAUCGGCAUUUGAGCUGGUAGCUGCCUUGGAAAUGUAUCAUCCUAGAACAACAUUACGCUUUCAGUUGGCAAGGGUCCUUGUAUUGUACUUGGGGAACCUGUACAGUUUAAUCAUUGCACUGCUGGACAAAGUUAAUAGCAUGAGUAUAAGUACACAGAACCGUAGCAAUGAUACCUUCAUGAAUGCAGCCCCACUAUUUGCCACAACAGUCCCUGUAUUAUCUACAACCAGGGCUGCUUAUGGAAUGGAAAGAAAUUUCACUUUUGCAAUAGAGAUGGACCAGAACAUUACAAGAAUCAUGGCUGUCAUGAACCAGACAUCAUCCCCUGUUAUGUCUGAGUUUCCAAUGCAGAAAACUGAGUGCUGGGAAACGUACGUUGGACAGGAGAUGCUGAAACUUUCCAUAAUUGAUAUGAUUUUCACAGUGGCAAGUAUCCUCCUUAUUGACUUCUUCCGUGGCCUUUUAGUCCGAUAUAUGAGUGAUUGCUGCUGCUGGGAUCUAGAAAGCAAAUUUCCAGAAUACGGUGAAUUCAAAAUUGCUGAGAAUGUUCUUCAUCUGGUCUACAAUCAAGGAAUGAUUUGGAUGGGGGCAUUUUUCUCUCCUUGUCUUCCAGCAUUUAAUGUGCUUAAACUGAUAGGCUUGAUGUAUUUAAGAAGCUGGGCAGUGCUGACCUGCAAUGUUCCACACCAGCAGGUUUUCAGAGCUUCAAGAUCUAACAACUUCUACUUAGCAAUGCUACUGUUCAUGCUUUUCCUGUGCAUGCUGCCAACAGUUUUUGCUAUAGUAAGGUAUAAGCCAUCUAUAAACUGCGGACCAUUUAGUGGACAAGAGAAAAUUUAUGACAUCAUUUCUGAGACCAUUGAAGCUGAUUUUCCUGCUUGGUUCAACAAGGUGAUGAGCUAUGUCAGUAGCCCAGUGGUGGUUCUUCCUGCCUUACUUCUGCUCUUUAUGUUAAUCUAUUACCUUCAGAGCAUUGCCAGAUCCCUAAAAUUCACCAAUAAUCAGCUGAGGGCACAGAUCCAGACUGAAAGAAUGGAAGACAAGAAAAAGGUUUUUCAGAUGGCUGUGGCCAGAUUCCUGCAUAAAGAAGCACCUGAAAAGAAGCGUGAUCCAGAGAGUGACAUCAUCAGCCAAGAGUCUUCUGUGCAUUCAUCCACUCCACGAAAAAACGGCAGCGUGGUGAACUUUGAAUCUCCAGGCAGCAAGCGCAGCCAGAUACAAACAAUCUCACAAUCAGCUCCUCGUGUGGUUGUACCCCAGCCCCCAAAUAUUAGUCCAAGCCCCCCUGGGUCUAGGGUGAAACCACAGAGGGCAGAACUUGUUUCCAAAAGACCUCCCAGUAUAAAGCAAGGAAGCUCCAAUGAUGUCUGCAGAACCAAGAAUUACCAUUUGGCAGGGUCAAAGAAACAAGCUGAGGAUGCCCUAUCAGAGCCUCUGUUCAGAAAAGGCCUGAGACACAUUACACCCGAGCGUCAUGGGUCUAGUACAUCAAGUAUUAUUCCUCACCGGCCACAUGCAAGAUAUUUUAUAGUUAAUGAACAUGAAUCUCGCAAGAAACUCCUCCGUUCUACAUCUAGACUGCCAAGACAUUUCCGAAUGGACGAGUCUGGUGAUAUUGUAGAGUUGUAUCCAAGAAAUGUCAGAAGGUAUGUUGUUCAAACACCACGUCGGUCUCACUCACCACACCUAAGUGAGGAAGAGGAAGAUGAACUUCAAAGGGAUUUAAUCCGCAAAUCCAAUCGCCCUCGUUCCCUAUCGGAUCUUCGUCAUCCUCCUCGGUUUUACAUUGGAGACCGUAACGACAGCCAAGCGAUACCUGGACGAGAUCUAGCUCGCAUGCAAUAUAAAUCCUGGGAAGGAGGCUUUCAUAUUGACUCAGACAAACCACAUCAUCGCAAAAAAAUGAAUCUGAAAAACUUGGAUCUUGAUGAACAGUUUGUGGAACGACACCGGAAAGUCAAGUCAAAGCACAAACUUGAACCUUGCCUUACAGAGUCAGACUCAAUGUCUAACGCAUCCAGCAGUGACCAGCAAAAUAGCAGCACUGACCAAUACAUCCAGGUCAUUCACUCCAAGGACAAAUACAUCAAAAGUGGUGGAAAAUUAACCAAGAAAAAAACAAAAGCAAGUGUGGACUUAAACACCUCUCCCUUGAAUGAAUUAAUUUGUUCAAAUGUCUAGAAUUGUAAUAUUUAAUAAAACAGACAUUAAAAAAGCAGU